AGGUUCAAUCAAAUGUAUCUGGUAUUAAUUUAGAGAUUAUUGAAUCAGAUGAUGAGAAUUUACAAGCUAGAACUAUAAAUACAAGAUUUACUAUUUCAAAGAUUCAAUCAAAUGAACCUGAUAUUGAUCCUUUGCCUGAGCAUCUUGAUAGUUAUAGUAGACAUUCUUCUGAUUAA